CAAGUGUGUGUACCUAAGUACUGUUAGUGUGUGAGUAUCUAAAAACACAAUAUCGCAUGGAUUCUCAAGAAAUUUUGGUUAAGAAUCUGGUAAUGAAAGUUAAACAAGAAUUGUUUUCACCGGAUGUUGAUCUUGUUUCUCUUGUUCCUCCUUCUCCUUACGACAUUGCGUGGCUGUCGAUGAUUUCGAAUCCUCACCGAGGAUCAGAUGAACCCUUGUUCAAAGGAUGCUUGGACUGGGUCCUCCAACACCAAACCACACGAGGCUUUUGGGGAGAUGAUGACCAUGUUCCAACCAUAGAGUCCCUCACUUCAACUCUAGCUUGCAUUGUUGCACUUGCCAUAUGGGAUGUUGGCCAUGAUGCCAUUCAGAAAGGGCUAGCAUUCAUCCAUGCAACCACAGAGAAGCUACUGGAAGAGCAAAAUAAUUCUUUUCUUGAGUGGUUUGUGAUUGUUUUCCCAGCAAUGGUGGAACUUGCAGAGAGCAAAGGACUGAAUGUUCAUUUUUCUCAUGGUUCAACAGCGUUGGUAGAACAAGUCUUCCAAAAGAGACAACAAAUAUUCCAAAUGCAUAGGUUGGUGCAUAGUGGUGAUCAGCAACAGUACUAUUCACCAGAACUCAUGCAAUACCUGGAAGCUUUGCCUGCUGAAGCAUAUGAUAUUAACCUCAAUGAGACUCUACUAUUAUGCCAAAGUGAGGAAGAUGGGCUGUUAAUCCAAUCCCCAUCAGCUAUUGCAUAUGCUUUUAUGAAGACAGGACGCAAGGAGUUUUUGUCCAAAUUGAAUUCUAUUGUCCAAAAUGCGGGUUCUCAGUCUGCUGUCACCUUUCCUGCGAUCUACCCCAUGGAUGAAAACCUUCUAAGGGUUUGUCUUGUUAAUCGUACUGAGAGGCUGGGACUGGCAGAGCAUUUCAUGGCAGAGAUAACAACUAUGCUGGGACAAGUUUACAGAAGUUACAUCAGUUGCGAAGAGCCAAAGAGCAAGGAAAAGCAUGCCAUGCCACUUCAACUAUAUAAAGAUUCACUUGCGUUUCGACUUCUCAGACUUCACGGUUAUACAGUAUCUCCUCGGAAGUUCUGCUGGUUCCUUCAUGACGAAGAUAUGAUGGUGUACAUAGAAGAGCACCAUGAAACUUUUCUGAGUGCCAUGUAUAAUGUAUACAGGGCGACUGAUGUGACCUUUACAGGAGAAAGUGAGCUUGAGGAUGUUAAGGAAUUCUCUAAAAGAAUACUAGAAAAGGAAACAAUAAAAGAUUCUAAGAAUCUGGUCGGGCCUUCUAGUAUGAAUGGCUUGCAAGACCAGAUUACGCAUGAAAUUAGUAUUCCAUGGCUUGCUCGGUUGGAUCAUCUGGAGCACAGGAAGUUCAUUGAGACGAAAUUAGAGCCUGCUGGUCCAUGGAUAGGAAAGGGUUUAUCCUGCAGAUUAUCAUGUCAAAGCAAUGCCAUGCUGCUACAACUUGCUAUGGAGAACUAUACACUACGGCAGUCCAUAUUCAGAAAUGAAUUAAAGGAGUUAGAAAGUUAA